AUGUGUUUCGCUGAAAUCGACCUUUCCUAUGUCGCCAAACUUCGGAAAAUACAGCCUCUUCUUACCAGUCGACGAUCUGAUCUCUAUAUGUUACACGUCAAUGAGGAAGACGAAGAAAAUUCUCCACUGAUGUUUGCUGAGUUCCCGAUCGCUCCCGAAUCAAUAUUCUAUCGAUCAGCGUAUUCGUUUGCAUUUGUCAACGUGAAACCUGUUGUGAACGGGCAUGUGCUGGUAUGCCCAAAGCGUAUUUGUAAUCAUCUCACCGAUCUCACCGAUGUCGAGACAGCUGAUGUGUUCAUUGUUUCCAAAAAGGUUCAAAGAAUGAUAGAA